AUGGAGGAGAGUCCUCUUUAUGAACACAAAGAAUUUGAGCCAGGAGAAGAAUGUGACACAUGGGAGGUAAGCAGAUCACGGGUCCAUCUUGGAACAUUGAUCGGCAGUGGAGCUUUUGGACGAGUGCAUGCAGCACAACUGGAUAUGCCUGGUGGAGAAACCAUUAUUGUGGCUGCUAAAAUGUUGACAGACAAUGCGUCUGGAGAAGAAAUGCAAGAUUUUCUUCGUGAAAUCGCGAUGUUAAAGCACCUAGAGAAAAGAGGAAAGCUGUACCCCAGGAAAGAUAGCGUCAAAUCCACUAGCCAUAUAAAUGGAAGACCAUCUGAGACAGACACCGAAUACACGAACAUCAGUGAUUCGGAUCCACCUUUAGAAGAAUCCGAGGCCAAGUGCUACACGAAUUCAGACCAAGAGAUCAAGUGUAAGCACCAGUACGUAGCUGAACCAGCAUUACACCUGGACAGCACCACGAUGCGAGAUUAUGCCCUUCAGGUGGCGUUGGGAAUGCAGCAUUUGGAAGCACGAGGGAUAACCCAUCGGGACUUAGCAGCGCGGAACAUUCUAGUAGAUGGCGCUGGUGUUUUGAAAGUCGCGGAUUUUGGUCUCUCUCGAUCUGGAAUUUACGUCCACACAAGAUCCAGGCCGGUCCCGCUGAGGUGGCUAGCCCCGGAAGCCAUUUUCAACUCACAAUAUAGUAGCGCAACGGAUGUCUGGGCGUUUGCUGUUCUGCUUUGGGAAAUAGCUACUUUUGGUGGAUUUCCUUACGCUGAGCUUAGUAAUCAGGAAGUACCCGAAUACUUAACAAGAGGUGGUCGCCUAUCAAAGCCUGUGAGAGCUUCGCAACGUUUGUAUCAACUGAUGGAGGAAUGUUGGUCAGAAGACGCAAACCUUCGGCCUACAUUCACCCAAAUCGUCAAUAGACUUACUGUCCAGAACCAACUAUAUGUAGAUUUAGACUGUGUAUUUCCACCUUUAGAGGAAAAUUUCUCUGAACACGAAAAUAGUAUGGACUAUACCUUCGAUGCGGACAGUGAAAAUGUAUUUCACACGUAA